AUGCGAACUCCGUUACGGGAUAGUCGUGGACUUUCGGAUAAAUACCGGGUACGUCGACGAGUGGUUGGUUCGGAGUACAAAUGUUUCUGUCGAACCACAGGGAUAAGUUCCGGACCACCGACGUUAUCAUUUGAUGGACCGCGACGAGAAAUACGGCGGAGUUCCGGAGACAAAUAUUUAGUCCCCGAACNGGCCCCGAACGCCUUGACGUGGCUCCGGGCAUUGCAGACGUCCGACGCCAAUACUCCGUUGGUUGGGAUGUAUGCACCUCAUGUGAUGGGGCACCACGAACUAACACAGAUCGUCGGUUUGAAAUAA